UUUGUCCAAAAAAUAAGUAGCUAAAUAAAUAAUUCCGGAACAAAUUAAUCAGAUAUAGUCAAUCAAAAAAUCCUCACGCACAAAGAGUGACCGAAAUAUGGAGAGAAGGCACAUGUUAAUAUCUGCUGAUAAACGAUAAUGCUCAGCCUGAAGGUGUGAUCAGAAUAAUAUAAGCAGAACUUUGCUCACUGGUUGUUGAUUUACAGCACAUACAAAAACACAGACACGCAGAAAGCCUCAGCGUGAGAGACCACUAUCUCAGCAACACCUGAACAGCACACCGGCUGACAGCGCAUGCGAACAGAGAAAACAUAAGCGCUCUUUUUUCAUUAAUAAUAACACAAGAAACUGUGAAGAUGGAGACCCUGAAGCGGUGGAUGAAGGACUGGAAGUAUCCCACUUCUCUCUUGUUUAUCUAUGGAUUCUUCAGCACAGUCAAGCCUUUAGAGCCGUUUCUUUACCCAUUCCUCACUGGACCAGACAAGAACCUGACCACGGAGCAGUUGAACAAUCAGAUAUUCCCUGUGUGGACGUACUCCUACCUGGCUGUUCUGGUUCCUGUCUUCCUCCUCACUGAUUGGCUGCGCUACAAACCUGUGGUGGUCUUCCAGUCUUUAAUCCUAUUCUGCACUACGUCCAUGUUGCUGUGGUGUAACGGCGUCCCGGAGAUGCAGGCCAUGCAGUUUACCUAUGGAGUGGUGACAUCCUGCGAUGUUGCUUACUUCACGUACAUCUACAGUAUGGUGGAGAUCAAACACUACCUGAAAGCCACCUCGUACUGCCGGACCGCCCAUCUCCUGGGGUACACUGUGGGCUCAGUUUUGGGGCAGAUCCUAGUCUCUUUAGAGCUCAUGUCCUACAACAACAUUCUAGUGUUUACGCUGGUUCUCACAGGCAUUGCGAUGAUCGCCUCCAUUCUUCUCCCGAUGCCCAAGGUCAGUAUGUUCUUUCAUAAAAAGCAGAGCGAAGAGGAUGAUAAUGAAGGACAUUCUGGGAAUGUCAAACCUUUGGAGCCUGAGGAAGGAUUUGGGACAAUGGUUGAUCUUAGUAAUGAUGUAAAGGUGGAUGAAACCAAAUGGCAACAGGAUGUACUGGAUGGUUCUAAUGGCUGUGAUAGUAGUAGUGCAAAAAGUUCCAAGUCGAGUAGGAAAGCUGGCUGUGGUGAUGUUCUGCUGCGGUUAUGGAGGGAUUUCCUGCAGUGUUUCUCCUCCCGAACACUGCUUCUCUGGUCAGCCUGGUGGGCUUUGGCCACUUGUGGCUACAACCAGACGGUCAACUACGUCCAGUCACUCUGGGAGCAUGUAGAGCCUUCUAGUAACUUCACAGUCUACAAUGGAGGAGCGGAGGCACUCUCAAACCUGUUCGGGGCCGCAGCGGCGUAUGGUAUCGGGUUAUCCUCCGCAGACUGGUCCCGCUGGGGUGAGAUGGCACUCAGUGCUCUUUCUGCCCUGGAGGGCGGCGCUCUGUUCGCGAUGGUCUUUAGUGGGAACAUCUGGGUCUGUUACGGCGGCUACAUCCUCUUUAAAAGCCUCUAUAUGCUGCUCAUCACCAUUGCCAUGUUUCAGAUAGCAGCUGGGCUGAACAUGGAGCGAUACGCGCUUGUGUUCGGAGCAAAUACCUUCUGUGCUCUGGUGUUGCAGACAAUCAUCACCUCAGUGGUGGUGGACAGCAGAGGCCUCGGUGUGGAUGUCGUCACUCAGUUCAUCAUCAACGGGGCGUAUUUUUCCGUCAUUGCAGUCAUUUUCUUCCUGCGGGGUCUGUAUACCACAAUGUGCCGGAAACCUGAGACUGACACAUCGAGAGAAAACUUAGAAGAAGCUUUUAAAAAGGAUGCACAGAUUGUUACUGAAACAAAAUUAUGAAAGGCAGGAAACUGAAGUACAUUUGAUUAAAGAAUGAUCCGAAGGAAAGCAUCCUUUUUUAGAUAAAAUUCUUUUUAAUAUAUAUAGUAUAUAUAUUUAUUUAUAUAUAUAUACACAUUAACUUAGAUUUCUGUAACAUAAGUGGUCUUGAGUCAAAGUCUCAUGAGUUGACAUCCAAAAAGAGUCUUCAAAACUCCUCAUAACGGAGAAAACAUUUUUUUUUGCAUCAUUUUCAAAAACUCCAAAAGCACAAAAAGGCGACACUAAAAAUGUCCAAAAAGAUUCCACAUUCUUGCGUAAUGUUAUUCACAGCAUGGCGGACGUCGACGCCGUAUAUGCAGCAUGUGUUUUCUGUGUUAGAGAUACAAAUACUGAUAUGCACAAAGACCUAAAAUUGAGCAAUUUCUAUGAAAGAAUUAUAUACAGAAUUGCAGCAUUAACAUGAUUCGGGAGGUUUGCAAUAACUUAUUAAAUCCGCAGCAUGGUGCAGAUGCUUUCCAGCCCAGGCCAGUUCACAGGAAUGACAAAAGGAGCUAAAAAGUUAAAAGAAGAAGAAGAAGAAAAAAAGAGCUCCUUUUCUCUGCAACAUGUUUUGUUUUCUGUGUCUGUAAUCAGAAAUUGUGUAUUUAUUCCACUGGUGUCUUUUUCAGUCUUCUGUUUUUAAAAUUCAAUAAAAAUCCGUUAGGAAA